GAUGGGAGGAUCACAGGGAGAAGAGAGAAGAGGAGAGAGAAGAUAGAGGGAUGCCAUCGCUCCUCUCCUCCUCCUCGUCCUCCAUCCACUCUGACUGAAGGAAGACAAACCUUUUCCUUCUCUCCACUUCUCCACUACAACUGGACUUGUCCUUCUGGAACUAUCAACAUACAUGGUCUCUUUCACUGGGAGAUUAGACUGUGGCACUGAGAAUCCACCAAGCUGAAGCAGAGAGGUGCAGAGCGGACCAAUCCUCCAUGGCAACCAAAUGACCAUCCCUCACAGAGCAGCUGGUUUUUUUUCCAGACGGGCAGGUACUGCGUCCGUAAUCUUUUCCGCCGCAGAGCCAUUAAGGAUUAAUUCCGAGGCCGGUGCUGUGGACGAAGGCUAACCGCGAAGCCGUGAUUCCCGGAGACCCGGAGCGAACCCCCCUGGCGGAGGGGGAAAGGAAUGUUCUUCAGCUGCCAAGGAACGUGUGUUUUCCCCUGACCCUCCGCGAGCCAAGCCCUUGUUUCAAACACAAAAGAAGGCUGUGGAGCAGACGCACCUGCAGCUCACACACACACACACACUCACACACUCACACACACACACGCACACACAAGGCUAAAAAAUCCCAAGGUUUAUUAUUCAAUGGAAACGAUGUGCUGCAAGGACUGUUCAACAGAUGAUGUGGGUUUACAGCACGCCGCCUGCCAUUGAUUAGCCGGCCCACUUAAGUCCAAGGUUGCGUUUCUUUGCUCCUCUAAAUAGGAGUCAAUGGGACUGCGCCGAUUGGACAACACCAAGAAUUUCAAGGCCUCCUGGUAAUACGGUUGCUUAGGCCUCUCUGGGGCCCAGCUGGGGCACGUGGAGGUGAAGAAAUAAUCAAAUGAAACUUUUUUAGUGUACUUCAUCCCUUCCUAGUGUCCGUUUGGAAAGCUAAAGGCCUGACAUGGACCCUCUGAGCCGUACAGACCCGUACUUUCCCACAGUAAAUAAAAAGCUGUUUACGAGAUCGAUUUUUCCGCAGACGGUUCGGGUCAGGUGAGCCCCGCUAUUUCGAUUUGCCUUUCAUCCCGACAAAGAGCGGGCCCGUAAAAAAAAAACACGAUGGACGUGCUGGGCUUUAACGGCAGCGGCUACGACGGCGGCGGCGCCGACCCGACGGGCUUCCCGUUCAACGCCACCGGCGACUACGAGGACUACGAGGCCGAGCCCGACGCCAGCAAGAUCAUCAUCCCGUCCAUCUACGCGCUGGUCUGCUGCGUGGGCGUGACGGGCAACGCCAUGGUCAUCUACGUCAUCCUCAAGUACGCCAAGAUGAAGACGGCCACCAACAUCUACAUCCUCAACCUGGCCAUCGCCGACGAGCUCUUCAUGCUCAGCGUGCCCUUCCUGGCCACCUCGGCCGCCGUCCACCACUGGCCGUUCGGCUCGCUCAUGUGCCGCCUGGUGCUGAGCGUGGACGGCAUCAACAUGUUCACCAGCAUCUUCUGCCUGACCGUGCUGAGCGUUGACCGCUACAUCGCCGUGGUGCACCCCAUCAAGGCGGCGCGCUACCGCCGGCCCACCGUGGCCAAGGCGGUCAACGUGUGCGUGUGGGGCCUGUCGCUGCUGGUCAUCCUGCCCAUCAUCGUCUUCGCCGACACCGUGCCGGCGCCCGACGGCGGCGUGGACUGCAACUUCCUGUGGCCCGAGUCGUCGUGGUCCGAGGUGUUUGUGGUGUACACCUUCCUGCUGGGGUUCCUGCUGCCCGUCAUGGCCAUCUGCCUGUGCUACUGCCUGAUCGUGGUGCGCAUGCGCGCCGUGGGCCUCAAGGCCGGCUGGCUGCAGCGCCGGCGCUCGGAGAAGAAGAUCACGCGCAUGGUGCUGCUGGUGGUGGCCGUCUUCGUGGUCUGCUGGAUGCCCUUCUACGUGGUGCAGCUGGUCACCGUCUUCCGCCGGCCGCCCGACCCCGUGGUCACGCAGCUCUUCGUCAUCCUCAGCUACGCCAACAGCGGCGCCAACCCCAUCCUCUACGGCUUCGUCUCCGACAACUUCCGCCGCUCCUUCCAGCGCAUCGUGUGCUUCCGCUGGCUGGAGAGCGGGCUGGAUGGCGAGCAGGUGGACUACUGCGCCGUGGCGCUCAAGCGGCAGGCCGCGCUGGGGCCCAAGGACUUCCCCAAGGACUGCCUGGCCUCCGACAUGGUGUUCCGCAACGGCACCUGCACCUCGCGGACUACCGUGCUAUGACCGGACCAGACGCCGCGCGCAUCUCCCCCGCGACACGGACAUCAGAACAGUGCGUCCACAUGACAGUUAGCUCGGCCCUCUUCGUCGACCGAGCACAGUGAACACUAGACAUAGCUGUGAAUAAUGACACCUAGGAACAAUGUCCUCUCAAAUGAUUAAGAACAGAAUGAACAAUUAUACUGUGAAUUUAAUUACAGGAUGUUCUAGAAUUGCUGAGUUACACCCAAAAGGCAAGUUGAUGGUUGAUGAGUUUUGCAAGAAAGAAAAUGAAAAAAAAAAAUAUGGCAAGGGAAAGUUCAUCAGACAGUGAUUUAGAUUAAAAUGGCAGAGAUGAUUACCUACUUCCUAUUCGGAACGUUGUCUUUGGAUCGCCCUGUAAGAAGUGGGAAACUUGGGAUUAGGAGAAUCCCACAGCAGGAUGAGCAGAGGGGCGUAGUCGUGUUGUAAAAGCGGCCAGCUAAUCCCUACAAAGACCGUGUUUCACGUCUCUUCUCUUUACAGCCACCGAGGGAAUAGUCUGAGAUGUGGAGCUGUGAGAGCGAGAGGCCAGAAUUACCCUGUCUGGAAAAAAAGAAGAGAGAGAGAGCGUUUCAGAAUGUAGCAGCAGACACCGCUGGGAGGUGGCAAAAGGCACAGAGCAGAGAGACUCCAUAUCUGCCAGAGCUCUACUCCAGCCCUGUAUGGGUUCAGGCCAUUUAGCAUAUGUGAUCGUCACAGAGGUGGUCCAGUUGUGUUGAGUCUGUCUGUGGCUUUGACGUCGCACUCGUGCUGACUUUUCUUGUCAUGCUGAUUUUCUGAUGGGUUUGUUGUCUUUGAAUCUGUAUUUUACAUGUCGCUUUGAUUUCUGGUUUCAGAAUCACGAUGCUACAGUGCAGUGUUUAAGAGCGAGAUCUGUUUUGUUCCACCGUGAUUGUAGCGCUAUGCGUUUGUUCUCUGUUCUGUGAAUCGGUUUUGUUUUCAUGCUAGGGCGAGUCCAAAUUGCAUCGGACUACCGUGCCGCUUACGCUUGUGUAAUGACGCGCCACAGACACCACUCUCUGACUGCCUGCCAAAGGAGUUGUGCAUUCUCAGACACAAGUGCUUGUUCAUAUUGCUUUUGGUUGCUUUUGAUAAAAGAUAUUAUACGCCUUAAAAAGCUGACCUUUCUGUGUUAAAUAUAGUGAGAAAAUGUAUGUUUUCUUGUGUUGAUGUAAACUGAAUUGCAAUAUGAAAAUUGUUUGCCGUGUACAGUGUGUGUGUGUGUAGGUGUGUGUAUAUAUGUGUUUGUGUGUGUGUGUGUUUGCGUGAGUGAGAGUCCAUGUGUAUGUGAGUCUGUAUGAGUGUAUACGUGUGUGUGUGUGUGUGUGUGUGUGUGUGUACAGUAUGCGUGUAUGUGUGUG